UGUUUCAACUUUCAAACAUCACUGUCACCAUCUCACGUCAGUCAUAUCGCCCUUUGUUUUUUUCUGGAAAUCUUCCUGGUAUUUUCCAAGCAGUGAAGCUGCUUCCAUUAAAUUUCCAUUAUCCGCUCGUGAAAUUCCCCAUGUGUGUUGGCCCUCGGCGGGGAUGACAGAUAUGUCUCCAUCAGAAAGACGUUUGCAAAAGGAGCUCAUGUCCCUGAUCAAGGACCCGCCUCCGGGCGUAUCAGUGGAUGCCGAACAGGCUGAGCAAAACCUACUACAAUGGACUAUUCACAUGGAAGGGGCCUUGGGCACUUUGUAUGAAGGCGAACAGUUCCAGUUACAGUUCAAAUUUAGCAAUAAAUACCCGUUUGAUUCGCCAGAGGUUACCUUUGUGGGAAGCAACAUUCCCAUCCAUCCCCAUGUGUACAGCAACGGUCACAUCUGUUUAUCUAUAUUGACUGAUGAUUGGUCUCCUGCUCUUUCGGUGCAGUCGGUUUGUCUAUCUAUUGUAUCUAUGCUCAGUAGCUGUAAGGACAAGCAACGUCCGCCGGACAAUACGUUUUAUGUGAAGACCUGCAGCAAAAACCCCAAGAAAACCAAGUGGUGGUAUCACGGUAAGUUCAGCAGAGUUUUUUUUUAUUGGUUGUGCUGGAGUUUGUUUUUCAGAUGACUCUGUCUGAACGGUUCAAUACUUGUGAUUUUAGGACCCAUUCUAUAUAUGUAUAAUUAUUGCUAUUGCUGGUGUAUUUUAUGAAUUAGUACUUAUUUUAUAUUCACCAUUUCUACCCCUUGCAAUAGAUCUGAAGUCUAUGUAUUUAUUUGGCAAUUAGUCUGUGAUAAGCUGAAUUAUUCAUUCGAGGAAAUUCCUACACUAAUUUCGACCAAAAAAUGUUACUUGCUGCCAAACCCUGCUGAUUUUCAUUAUUUUAUUAUUGGUUGACAUGCGGGCUUUAAGCGUGUAUUAGAGCUGAUCGGACGGAUGCAGAAGCACCUGGAACACUGUUUUAAAUACUUGUCAAAUAUAUGUUUUAUUAUA